AAACAUUUUGGAACAAUGUGCACUGCACAGUCAGCCUUGAACGCUUACAGAAUUUCUCUCCAUAAAGGUCCGUUCAAAGACUGCCAACAUGCCAAAGAUGCUGGGUAUUCCAACAGUGGCAUUUAUAUGAUCAAACCCGAAAACAGCAACGAACCAAUGCAGUUAUGGUGCGAGAACAGCUUAGAUCCUGGAGGAUGGGCAGUUAUUCAGAAGAGAACAGAUGGAUCUGUCAACUUUUUCAGGAACUGGGACAGUUACAAGAAAGGAUUUGGAAACAUUGAUGGAGAGUACUGGCUGGGACUAGAAAAUAUUUACAUGCUUACCAAUCAGGAUAAUUACAGACUACUGAUUGAAUUAGAGGACUGGAGCAACAAGAAAGUCUAUGCAGAAUACAGCAGCUUCCGUCUGGAGCCCGAAAAUGAAUUCUAUAGGCUACGCUUAGGAACAUACCAAGGAAACGCAGGCGAUUCCAUGAUAUGGCACAACGGAAAGCAAUUCACAACACUGGACAGAGACAGAGACAUGUAUUCAGGCAACUGUGCUCAUUUCCACAAGGGAGGCUGGUGGUACAACGCAUGUGCACACUCCAAUCUGAACGGGGUGUGGUACAGAGGAGGCCACUACAGGAGCAAGUACCAGGAUGGAAUAUUUUGGGCUGAGUACCGGGGAGGUUCCUACUCCUUGAAAGCAGUUCAAAUGAUGAUCAGACCUAUAGACUGAGGAGGAAAAUCCCACAGUGCUCAAGCCAUCAAGUAUAAACUUAUUGGUGCUUGAGUUACAGAAAAAUAAAAUAUUACUUUCAAAUCAUUAUUUUGCACAAUCUGUCCCUGCAAAAUGCAGGUCUACUAUUUUCCUUUCUCCCCAGUUGCCCCUUGCC